AUGGCUGCAAGAGAAGCAGAAGAAGGUGUAGCAAUGAGAGCAGUGCUUCUGCGGCUCAUUGACACCACUGUCUCUGCCUUCAACCUGGCUUUCUUGACAGUCACAGAGACUGCAGCUGCAUUACAAAGACAUUUAUUACUCACUAGAAAAUAUCAGAAUAAGUCUCUUAUUAUCUCUCAAGAAUGA